GGGCAGGCUAUAAGAGGGGCGGGCGGCGGGGCUCGUGCUGCCUUCCAGACGCCGCCGCCCGGACUUACCCGCGCUCAACCAUGGUCAACCCCACCGUGUUCUUCGACAUCGCUGUCGACGGCGAGCCCUUGGGCCGCGUCUCCUUUGAGCUGUUUGCAGACAAAGUCCCAAAGACAGCAGAAAACUUUCGUGCCCUGAGCACUGGGGAGAGAGGAUUUGGUUAUAAAGGUUCCUGCUUUCACAGAAUUAUUCCAGGAUUUAUGUGCCAGGGUGGUGACUUCACACGCCAUAACGGCACAGGUGGCAAGUCCAUUUAUGGGGAGAAGUUUGAUGAUGAGAAUUUCAUCCUGAAGCACACAGGUCCUGGCAUCCUGUCCAUGGCAAAUGCUGGACCCAACACAAACGGUUCCCAGUUUUUCAUCUGCACUGCCAAGACUGAGUGGUUGGAUGGCAAGCAUGUGGUCUUUGGCAAGGUGAAAGAUGGCAUGAAGAUUGUGGAAGCCAUGGAGCGUUUUGGGUCCAGGAAUGGCAAGACGAGCAAGAAGAUCACCAUUGCUGACUGUGGACAACUCUGAUGCAUUUGACUGGUUUUCUCUUAACCAGACCAUUCCUUCUGUAGUCAGGAGAGCACCCCUGCCCCAUCUGCUCGGAACACCCCAUAAUCUUUGUGCUCUCGCUGCAGUUCGUUGGGUUUCGUAUUUUCCUUGCCCCCCUCCAAGUCUAGCUGGGUUGCAGAGUUAAGUUUAUGAUUAUGAAAUAAAAGCUAAACAACAGUUGUCUGC